ACCAACAGAUUUAUCAUGGUAUUGGUAACUAGAUGGCUGGUUUUAGCAUGUACCUUAUAAAUUGCAGCAACUAUGGAGCUUAUGUCAUGGUCUCCUUCCUCUUGGAUUGAGACUAUCUUGCCAUUUGUACCCAAAGUUUGGGAAUGGAGUUGAUCCCCAACAGCAAUUACCCUCAUAGGAACGUCAUCAAGAAAAUCACUCUCACCAUCAAUACCAUGCAGUGGAGCCAGGAGCCUGCAGCAUGUUCAUCAUCAAAACAACUUUCCAGUGCUUCACAGGGUAUUUUGGCUUAUCCUCCUUGCUGAUGCUGUUGGAAUUCCAUUCCCUAUAAUUUACUAAUAAGCCAUACCCUCGAGUGUCUUGUAUCUAUAAUUAAGGCUUAGUCCUGUGUCGAUUUCAAACAUUGAAAUCCAAGAGGAAGUACAAAUUUGGAUCAAACAAUUCGUGAUUUGAUUUGGUUCAGCAAGCCAAGCAGGUUGGCGUUAUUUUUACCAUCAAAAUUUUUUAAACGUCACCUCAUUUUGCCACAGCUUCUACACCUUUGGUUGCUGAAUAAUUGGAAGAGGGGGAU